CUAAUCUCCUCCUCCUCCUCCUUCCUGCUUUAACUCACCACUCUCCAAAAGAAAAAGAAAAAAACUCUACUCUGAGCAACAAUGGCGACCGCUAACGCCAUGUCCCGGGCAGCUGCUCCUCAUUCUCUUCUUGCUUCUGCAAACCCUACUCUCAGAAGAUGCCACGUCACCUCAUUCUUGGGUCAAAAUCUCAAAGGCCUCGGCUUCAAGAAGAAACUGUCACCACACUCUCUCACUGUGAAGGCCGUCCAAACUGAUAAGCCCACAUUUCAAGUGAUAGAGCCCCUGAAUGGUGACCCCUUCAUAGGAAGCUUGGAAACUCCUGUGACUUCUAGCCCCCUGAUCGCAUGGUACCUGUCUAAUCUACCUGCUUAUCGCACCUCUGUAAGCCCCCUUCUACGUGGAAUAGAGGUGGGUUUAGCUCAUGGGUUCUUCCUUGUGGGCCCAUUUGUGAAAACUGGGCCUUUGAGAGACACUGAAUAUGCUGGAGCAGCUGGUUCCCUGGCAGCUGGAGGGCUAGUUAUUAUAUUAUCUAUUUGUUUGACAAUGUAUGGUGUGGCUUCAUUCAAGGUUGGAGAGCCUCCCUUGGCUCCUAGUCUUACAUUGACAGGAAGGAAGAAAGAGGCAGAUAAGCUGCAAACUGCUGAAGGCUGGUCUGCUUUUGCUGGGGGAUUCUUCUUUGGAGGGAUCUCUGGGGUUACUUGGGCUUACAUUCUCUUGUAUGUUUUGAACUUGCCCUACUUUGUUAAGUAAGACGGAUGCUUUCUUCUUCUCUUACAAUUAUCAUCUCAUUCUCCCCAAUGUUUAAAUCAUAUUUUAUGAAAUACUCUCUAAAUUUCUAGUGCAUAAUGACAUUGUUAUUUUCUAUGGUUA